UCUCUUAGCUCAGUGCAGCUCUUACUUUUCGUCGACUAUAAAUAUAUCCAGAUCCAGAACCGGCGAGCAGAACGGACGGCAACCACGGCUCUGUGAAGACUGAAGACAGAGCAAGGAAGAGACGGCGAGUAGCGAUCGGGAUGAAGAUAAGGAGAAGAGACUAGAAUCUGACACCAGCAUUCCACUCACCACCACUGCACGUCCGUGAAAAAGCACUUCCUAUCAGCUUCUGCGAAAACGCUCUUCCAAACCCACCGCUUAUUUGAGAGCUUUAUGGAGAUAGGGAUUUGAAAAUCCUGUUACGAUUAAAAUAGUGCCUGCUGCGUCGAACUUCCCAUCUCUGACAGAUACCACGGCCCGAGACGGCGUUUCGACGGCUUACCACAGGAUCAGUGACUUCACUAUUUUUCAUUUGUAGAACGGUUCCUUCAGAAAGUGCUUCCGCCAUUUUUUUGGUCUUUGCUUUGCUUGAUGACGUGGCUGAUUUUUGAGUGUCGGAUGUAUCUGACGGUUGUGAUUAAAGUAGUGGGACCUGGUUGCUGCUGAUUCAGAGGAACCGGUUUCGUUCGAGAGUCAGUCAAGCGACUCUUUGGCUACGUUCUCUAAUCUUACGCGUUCUGGUCCUUCUAGCGUUGACAUGGAACCUCGUUCUGCCCCACCACUUGCGUUCGAUGGCAAUGGAGACAGAGAAUAUUUAAUGGGGCUUAGUAUAACAGACUUGAUUUCGAAUUUGCGAACUGCAUUUCGUAUGGCUGAUUAUGAUCAUGUGGAGGAGGUCUUGGUUGAGAAGGAAGCCAAACUGAAGGCCGAGAUUAAGGCACUGACUGAGAAAUUGGAGUUGGAGACGUUGGUGAGGAUGAACGUUGAAGAUGAAUUGAAGAAAUGUAAGGAGCAAUGUGAGGAGAGGAAGAAUGCUGAAGAGAGGUAUGAGAGACUGCUGGAGUCGGUGAAGAAGAAUAAUGAUUUGGACCUUGAAAAUACUGUUGCUGAGCUGAGAAUUAAGAACGCUAAAUUGGAGGCUGAAAAUCGCAGGGCUGAAUCAGUAGUGGAGUCUUGGAAGAGGAAAUUUGAGGAGUUCUGUGAACGGCUUUUGAUAGUAGAGAAAGGUACGAACUCGUUCGUGGAUGGAGAUACUCUUGUGGGAACUAGAGGAAAAGCUGAGGAACUGUCUGGCAUUCGAGGGAACACUGAUCCAGUGGUUUCUGAUAAAGUCACGGGCGAAAAGGAUGGUGUUGAUAUAUGUGACAAUGAACGUGGAAAUACCAAUGCAGUCACUGGGCAAUCCUCAGAGUCGCCAAACAAUGCUGUGCUUGGUGCAUCAGGGGUUUGUAUUGAAGACAUGGACAAACAGGAAAAGAAUAGAGUUGAUAUGCAUAACAAUGAGUCUGGAAAUACUGCUUCAGACACUUCUCCAUCUCAAAGAAAGAAAGAUAAAGAUGAUUGUGGAAAUAACCAUCUCACAGCUGAUGAUAGUGCUGGACAAUCCCCACACACUCCAAAAUCAGCUAAUGCAAGUUCGGGAUCACAAAAAGUAGUUAUCGAGAUCGAAGACAGUGAUGACGACGACAACAACUACUACUGUAUGAUAAGUGGAAGUUUGAAUAGAAAGGAAGCAACUCAUGGCAUUGCAGCAGCGGUUGAUAAUGGGCGUUCGAGUUUAUCAGUACCAUUGAAGCCGAAAAGCAGUGCUAGCCCUGUGGGAGUGAAUGACAUGAUCAGAUCUCUCAAAAGAAAAUGGUUUCCCGAACCAGGAAAUUCAUCUGAUCGAUUGAAUAAAAAUCCAGUGGAUGGUUCCGAUUCUGACGAUGGUAGUUCCAGUUCCACAUCAUCUUCAGAGUCCGGGAUCAAUAAGGUUCAGCUUCCUUCAAAUUUUCUUUGUAGCACAGCUGAUAAACGGAGGAAAACAUAGUCUUUGGAUUAAGCACUUUGCAGUUAUACUUGUAGAAAUAUUUAUACUUGUAGAAAUAUUUCCUUAGGCUAUGUUGAAAAUUAUUGAUAACCAAAACGUAAUUACUACUGACCAAAGUUUCUCACUCACUUUAGCUGCUGAAUCAAGAAUAGUUGGUUCCUGACCAAGCUUUUGUACAUGUUAGGCUAACUGGCUAAAAUUUGUUUAUUUUUAAAAAUUGGGGGCUGAUAUGUAUUGUACAGUAUAUUAUUUUGCUCAGUUCAAUUAUUAGAUGGCUGACAUUGUGGCUUGGCAUUCA